UUUAUGUUUCGUAGGCUCACACUUUACAUCUUUAAAUAUACUGUAUAAUUUAUUUUAAUGCUGCUUUGUAUGUAAUAUGAAAUGAGAAAUAUAAUCCAACCUAGAAUAUCGGUUGAGCUAUGUUUUGCCCUAUCCUCGGGCUUGGGCACGGCCGAACGGGAGUAGGGUGAAGACGGGCUUAGUUUUGUCACAUGAGCAACGUGUGUGCUGUUUUCCACCAGGAUUCCAUUUAAUGUAGAAUGGCUGCAUCAUGCUCAUCUGCGAAUGCAUCGUCGAACAAUAAGACUGAGUGUACAAGUCCCAGUCCAACAGAGACUGUGUGCCUGGAGUUGUCAGAUACACUUACAGAAGGAAAAGAGAGUGCUGGCCCCUCUAGGGUUGUGUGUGGUGAUAACGAAGGAUCAGUGGCAGGGGACAAGUGCUUGUUGGACACAGAGGAGGGAGAUGAUGGAAGCUGUCAUGCUGAGGAGUGUGAAGAGGAGGGAUGGGAGGACAUGGAUGAGGGGGAGGAGGGGAGUGCGGGGGAGGAAGAGGAGGAAGAGAAUAAACUGUUAGACAAGUUUCAGUUGAGUGAUGGGACUGCUGUGUUGCCAUCUUCUGCCGAUAGUGCAAGUGCCAUAAACCCCAGGCCCUGGCGGAAGCGGAAACUUGAAGUACAAAAUGGGUUUCCAUGCAAGAAACUCUUCCCAGAUGAUAAGACUGCCAUGUUGAGUUUGAAGAAGAAAACUGUUGAAGGAUGCAUCCCACUGGAGAAAGUGAAAGUGCAGAGGAGUGUCAUUCCUUCAAAAGACAACCCACCGCCCGAGAUGAACGACUGGCUGUACCAGUUCAAGAGAUGGUCAAAUGCAGAGCGACUGCUGGCUAUCGAUCAACUGAUUGAAACAUGUGAACCGACGCAAGUGAGGCACAUGAUGCAGGUGAUAGAACCGCAGUUUCAGAGAGACUUCAUAUCACUUCUUCCAAAAGAGUUGGCACUCUAUGUGUUGUCAUUUCUGGAGCCACGCGAUCUUCUGCGUGCAGCGCAGACAUGUCGCAGCUGGCGGUUCCUAGCAGAGGAUAAUCUCUUGUGGCGGGAAAAGUGUCGUGAGGCAGGGAUUGAUGAGGUGCGGGAGGCUAUCCACAGGAGACGACAGCGGGUUCCUUCCGUCAGUUCUCCUUGGAAGGCUGCAUUCAUGAGGCAGCAUACCAUCGAGAUGAACUGGAGGAUAAAGCCUAUCCGGCCACCAAAAGUUCUCAAGGGUCAUGAUGACCAUGUUAUAACGUGCCUGCAGUUCUCAGGGAAUCGAAUCGUCAGCGGCUCGGAUGAUAACACACUCAAAGUUUGGUCAGCCACUACUGGAAAGUGUCUUCGUACUCUGGUGGGCCACACAGGCGGAGUCUGGUCUUCACAGAUGUCUGGUAGUAUAAUAAUCAGUGGCAGCACAGAUCGCACCCUGAAGGUGUGGAAUGCAGAAUCAGGACACUGUUUGCAUACCCUGUAUGGACACACCUCCACUGUGCGCUGUAUGCACCUGCAUGGGAAAAAGGUUGUCAGUGGGUCACGAGAUGCCACGCUGCGGGUGUGGAACAUUGAGAGUGGGGAGUGCUUACACGUGCUGGUAGGACAUCUUGCAGCUGUUCGAUGUGUUCAGUAUGAUGGACGCCUUGUAGUAAGCGGUGCAUAUGACUACAUGGUGAAGGUCUGGAACCCAGAGCGGGAAGAAUGCCUGCACACACUUCAGGGGCACACCAACCGGGUUUACUCCCUCCAGUUCGAUGGGGUUCAUGUGGUGAGCGGGUCCCUGGACACCAGCAUUCGCGUGUGGGAGGUGGAGACAGGAGCAUGCAGGCACACACUGAUGGGGCACCAGUCCCUCACGUCAGGCAUGGAGCUGCGGAACAACAUCCUCGUCUCUGGAAAUGCAGACUCGACAGUGAAAGUGUGGGACAUUGUGACAGGGCAGUGCCUGCAAACUCUCUCAGGCCCUAACAAACACCAGUCAGCAGUCACUUGCCUGCAGUUCAACACCCGAUUUGUCAUCACAUCAUCUGAUGAUGGCACCGUCAAGCUCUGGGAUGUGCGAACAGGUGAGUUCAUCCGCAAUCUGGUCGCUCUGGACAGUGGUGGCAGCGGUGGCGUGGUGUGGCGAAUUCGUGCCAAUGAAACCAAACUGGUGUGUGCCGUCGGAAGCAGGAAUGGGACGGAGGAGACGAAGCUCCUUGUUUUGGACUUUGAUGUGGAGACCAAGUGAGCGGAAAGUGUACUUCGGAAGGGUCGACGUAGCAUUUAAAUAUAAAGAUAGGGACAAAAUUGUGUGCAUAGCAGUAUGCAGGUUGCGUGCAGAAUGGCAUCGUAAUAUUGUUCAUUUGUUUUCAGUAACUUUUGUGAUGUCUGGUGCCCCAGUCGGAAUUCUGUAACCUUUCUUUUUCUAACGUGGUAUUUAUUUUUUAUAUGUAUGAAGAAUGUGGUUUUCUUUUCCCUUUUUUUUUUUUAGCCUCAUGCAUCACUUGGCAAUUGUUAUUUAAACUUUGCCAGUAAUUACAAAAAUAUGAUUAUUCUUGGUUGAAUACACAGGAUUUAGGUUUCAUGUGUUUUUAUCAAUAAUGUGACAAUAGAAUGAAAUGAAUUGUAUUGCCAUUUAUAUAUUUAUUUAGUCAUGAAUGGAAUGUGUAAAUAUGGCAACACUCCUUUCUUCUUUACCUCUCCUGUGUUGAACCUCCUCCUGUGGCAGAGCAGGGACAGAUUAUUUUAAAGUGUCUAACAAAUACUCAUUUGGUUUCAUUAUUCAACCCUCAAACUUGCAUCUUUUGUAUCAUAUUGAAUACAGAGAAUCAUUGCUCAAAGAUCUUCUUUUGUAAAAUGUUAUGUAUUAUACAUGUAAUAAAUUGUUUCUUAGUGUAGCA